AUGAUUUUUCAAUCUUUUCUACUAGGUAAUUUAGUAUCCUUAUGCAUGAAGAUAAUCAAUUCGGUCGUUGUGGUCGGACUCUAUUAUGGAUUUCUGACCACAUUCUCCAUAGGGCCCUCUUAUCUCUUCCUUCUCCGCGCUCAGGUUAUGGAAGAAGGAACCGAGAAGAAGGUAUCAGCAACAACUGGUUUUAUUACGGGACAGCUCAUGAUGCUCAUAUCGAUCUAUUAUGCGCCUCUGCAUCUAGCAUUGGGUAGACCUCAUACAAUAACUGUCCUAGCUCUACCAUAUCUUUUGUUUCAUUUCUUCUGGAACAAUCACAAACACUUUUUUGAUUAUGGAUCUACUAACCGAAAUUUAAUGCGUAAUCUCAGCAUUCAAUGUGUAUUCCUGAAUAAUCUCAUUUUUCAAUUAUUCAACUAUUUCAUUUUACCAAGUUCAAUGUUAGCCAGGUUAGUCAACAUUUAUAUGUUUCGAUGCAACAACAAGAUGUUAUUUCUAACAAGUAGUUUUGUUGGUUGGUUAAUUGGUCACAUUUUAUUCAUGAAAUGGCUUGGAUUGGUAUUAGUCUGGAUACAGCAAAAUCAUUCUAUUAGAUCGAAUGUACUUAUUCGAUCUAAUAAGUACCUUGUGUCAGAAUUGAGAAAUUUUAUGGAUCGGAUCUUUAGUAUUCUCUUAUUUAUUACCUGUAUCUACUAUUUAGGAAGAAUGCCGUCCCCAAUUCUUACUAAGAAACUGAAAGAAACCUCACAAGCGGAAGAAGGGGUGGAAAGUGAAGAAGAAAGGGAUGUAGAUGAUGAAAGUGAAAUAACUCCCGAAAAAAGUGAAGAAGAUUCUUCUUCACUUUUUUCGGAAGAAAAAGAGAAUCCGUACAAAUACAAAAUGGAUGAAACAGAAGAAAUCCGAGUGAAGGGAAAGGAAAAAACAAAGAAUGAAUUCCAUUUUCAAUUUACAGAGACAGGCUAUAAUAAUAACCCAUUUUAUGAUUAUGAGGAUUCUUAUCUGACUAUGAAUGGGAAUCAAGAAAAUUCGAAAUUAAAAGAAAAAAAUGCUGCGGAAACAAAGGAACUCUUCCAUUUUGAAAAACCUCUUGUAACUAUUCUUUUCGAUUAUAAACGAUGGAAUCGCCCAUUUCGUUACAUAAAAAAUAAUAGAUUUAACAAAGCUGUACGAAAAGAAAUCUCUCAAUAUUUCUUCGAGACAUGCAAAAAUGAUGGAAAACAAAGAAUAUCUUUUACAUACUUACCCAGUUUGUCAACUUUUUGGGAAAUGAUACAAAACAAGCUAUCUCUGUCCCCACUAGAUAAAACUUCCUCGAAUGAGUUUGACAAGCAGUGGGUUUAUACGAACAACAAAAAACAAAAUAAUUUAAACAAAGAGUUUAGAAAUCGAAUUGAAGCUAUAGACAAGGAAUUUCUUUUUCUGAAUAUACUCGACAUAAAAACGAGAUUUUGUAAUGACGAUACUAACAGUAACAGUAAAUAUUUGCCAAAAAUGUAUGAUCCCCUCUUGAAGGGGGCCUAUCGCGGAAGAAUCAAAGAAAUGUUCUUACCCUCUAAAACUUCGAUAGAAAAUUUAAUAACGACAGUUGGUAUAAAUCGAAUUCAUAGUAUUCUUACUAAUUACCAAGAAUUUGAACAGAAAAGGGGUCUCUUUAAUAAAAAAAAAUUCUCAACAGAAAUUUACAAAUUGUUAACUUUAGAUGUAGAUGACGAAAGUGAAAAGGAAUCGAGUGGACUCAAAAAAAUUAGCAAAAAACUAUCUCGAUGGUCAUACAAUUUAAUAACUGAUUUAGAACAACAAUCAGGAGAAUUUCAAGAAAACGCGCCCUUCGAUCAUCAAAUUCGCUCAAGAAAAGCCAAACGUGUAGUUAUUUUUACUGCUAACAAGGAAACUACUAAUUCUAAUCCUGCGGAUAAUAAUACGGCGAACGAGGCAGCUUUGAUGCGCUAUUCGCAACAGUCGGAUUUCCGAAGAGGACUAAUUAAAGGCUCUAUACGUGCCCAAAGACGUAAACUUAUUAUUUGGGAACUCUUCCAAGCAAACGUGCAUUCUCCACUCUUUUUGGACAGGAUAAAAAAAUCUCCGCUUUUUUCGUUUGAUAUAGAUCGUUUCCUACCCAAUUUCGAAAAAGACAAAAAUGAUGAUGAAUUUGAAAUUCUGGAGUCUAUAGAAGAAGAAACAAAGGAAGACAAAAUAGAGAAGGAAAAAAAAGAGGAAAAUAAAAAAAAAGAACAAGCACGUAUAGAGAUAGCCGAAGCUUGGGAUACGAUUCCGUUCGCGCAAGUAAUAAGAGGUUGCAUGUUAAUAACACAAUCAGUUCUUAGAAAAUAUAUUUUUUUACCUUUUUACAUAAUAGUAAAAAAUGUUGGACGUAUGCUAUUAUUCCAAUUUCCUGAAUGGUCUGAGGAUAUACAGGCUUGGAAUCGCGAAAUGCAUAUUAAAUGUACCUAUAAUGGUGUUCAAUUAUCGGAAACCGAAUUUCCAAAAAAUUGGUUGACAGAUGGUAUUCAGAUAAAAAUUCUAUUUCCUUUUUGUCUGAAACCUUGGCGCAGAUCUAAACGACAAUUUUCUAAUAGAUAUCUAAAGAAAAAAGAAAAAGCAUCUUUUUAUUUUUUAACAGUUUGGGGAAUGGAAACUAACCUACCUUUUGGUUCGCCCCGAAAGGGAUCUUCGCUUUUUGAUUUUUUUGAACCUGUUAUUAGGGAACUUGAAAUAAAACUUGUAAAAUGUAAAAGGGUCUAUUUUCUAGCUCUAAAAGUUUUAAAGGAAAAAACAAAAUUGUUUCUAAUAAUUGCAAAAGAAACAAAAAGAUGGUUUGUUGAAAAUUUUUUAUUUUUAAAAAGACGAAUAAAAGAACUUUGGAAAGUAAAUCAAAUUCGAUUAUUGGGAUUAAGAAACGUAAAAGUAUAUGAUUUGAAUGAAAGUACAACCGAAAAAGAUUCUAUAAUCAUCAGCAAUGAGAUAAUUCAUGAAUCCGUUAGUCAAAUUAAAUUUGCACAUUGGACAAAUUCUUCACUAACAGAAAAAAAAAAGAAGAAUAUGACUGAUAGAACAAGCACAAUCAUAAACCAAAUAGAACAAAUUACAAAAACAAUAACCCCGGGAAUCCAUAGUAGUCCUACUAAAAUAAGUUAUAAUACCCAAAGAUUCCAAUUUUCUAAAUCCUUUUUGAAAAUAGUAAAAAAAAGAAAUGACCGAUUAAUCUUUAAAUUCGAUUCUUUUAUAAAAAUUUUCUUGGAAAAAAUAUACAUUAAGAUUCUUUUAUUUAUCAUUAAUAUUCCCAAACUCAAUACACAAUCUUUUGCUGAAUCAAAAAAAAAAUCUAGGGAUAUAGCCAUUAAUGAAACAAAUUACGAAAGAAUUAAUAAAAAAAAUCACAAUAAAAUUUCCUUUAUUUCGACUAUAAAAAAAUCAAUUGCUAAUAUUAACAAAAAGAAAAAUUCACAUCUUUUUUCUGACUUAUCCUAUUUGUCUCAAGCAUAUGUAUUUUAUAAAUUAUCACAAACUCAAGCUAUUAACUUGUAUAAAUUAAGGUACGUUUUUCACGACCGAGAGACCCAUUUUUUUCUUAAGACUGAAAUAAAAAACUUUUUCGAAAGAAAAGGACUAAUUCAUUCUAAAUUAAGUCGUAACAAACUUACGAAUUGUGGAAUGGAUCAAUGGAAGGGUUGGUUAAAAGAACAUUAUCAAUAUGAUUUAUCCCCAACUAGGUGGUCUAAAUUAAGAUCAGCAAAAUGGAGAAAGAGAGUUAAGCAACAUAAUAUAAUUCAAAAUCAAACUUGCAAAUCGAAUUUCUAUGAAAAAGACCAAUUAAUUGAUUCCAAAAAACAAAAAGAUUCCGAAGUAUCUUUAUUAUUCCUAUUGAAUCAAAAAGAGAAUUUUCAAAAAAACUCGAGAUAUGACCUUUUGUCAUAUCAAUAUAUUAAUUCUGAAAAUAGGGGAAAUUCAUUUUUUUAUGAAUCACCCUUUGAACGAAAGGAAACUAUAAACCGAGAGUUUUUUGCUAAUUCUAACACAUAUAAACACAACCCUUUUGAUAGAUUAGAAAAUACUACUAGAGAUUAUUAUCUGGGAAAGGGCGCUAUUAGAUAUAGAAAAAACUAUUAUGAUAGAAAAUAUUUUAAUUGGAAAAUUUUAAAUUUGGACCUUAGAAAAAGCGUGGAUAUGGAUAUUCAGGCUUGGGUUAAGAGCAAUACGAGGAAUAAUCAAAACAAUAAAAUUGGUAGUAAUCAUAAACUAAGUAAUAAGAAUAAAAAAGGCCAUUUUUAUCGUACACUUUUGAAAAAUCCAAAAAGAAACUCUCGAAGUCCAAAAAAGGUUUUUUUGGAUUGGAUGGGAAUGAAUGAAGAAAUACUAAAUCGUCCCAGUUUCAGUUUAGGUUUGGAACUGUGGUUCUUUCCGGAAUUCCUACUACUUUAUAAUCUAUAUAAAAGGGAACCGUGGGUUAUCCCAAGCAAAGUAUUUAUUUGCAAUUUAAAUCUAAAUGAAAAUGUUGAAAAUGUUGUUAGUGAAAAGAAAAACAUCACUGGAAAAGAAAAGGGCGAAUUUAUAUCAUCAAAUAAAAACACAAAGAAGAAAAAGCUAAAUCAAAAAGAACCAGCGACAAGACGAAAAGAUCUUGGAGCAGGCGUACAAAAAAGUCAAGGGACUGUUGAAACCUUUCUCUCAACAAAACAGGAAAACCAGAUUCAAGAAGAUUAUGAAGUAUCAAAGAUAAAAAAAGGUAAAAAGAAAAAACACUACAAACAAUACAAAAGUAAGACAGAAGCAGAACUAAAUUUGUUUCUGAAACGUCAUUUCCUUUUUCAAUUACGGUGGGGUGAUGCUUUAAAUCAAAGAAUAAUGAAUAAUAUCAAAAUAUAUUGCCUCUUGCUUAGACUGAAAAAUCCAAAAAAAAUUACUAUAUCUUCGAUUCAAAGAAGAGAAAUGAGUUUGGAUAUAAUGCUCAUUCAGAAGAAUUUAAGUCUUCCAGAAUUGAUCAAAAGGGGAGUAUUGGUUAUUGAACCCAACCGUCUGUCUGUAAAAAAUGAUGGGAAAUUUCUUAUGUAUAAAACCUUAGGCAUUUCGUUGGUUCAUACACAAACAAAUCAACGAUAUCAAGAAGAAGAAUACGUUGAUACGAAUCAUUUUAAUUUACUUGUUCCUGAAAAUAUUUUAUCGCCCAGACGUCGUAGAGAGUUCAGAAUUUUAAUUUGUUUCAACUCAAAGAGUAAAAAUAAGAAUCUUGUUGAUAUACCUUCAUUAUGUUGGACCAAGAACAACUGUAAGCAAUUGUUGGACAAAGAGAAAGAUCUUGAUAAAGAUAAAAAUGAAUUAAUUAACUUAAAGUUGUUUCUUUGGCCUAAUUAUCGAUUAGAAGAUUUAGCUUGUCUGAAUCGAUAUUGGUUUGAUACCACCAAUGGUAGCCGUUUUAGUAUUUUAAGGAUCCAUAUGUACCCAUGGGUGAAAAGUAAUUGA